AUGGUCAGCAGCAAUAGUGAGUUGGAGUUUUCUAAGGAUAAAAAUGGGGGAAGUAAGGAAAUAGGUCCUAGCCCAUCUGAACCCAUGGAAUUAGAUGAUAGCAAGAUCCAUGACCUGGAUCUUAGUAACCUUGUCAAUGUGCCUGUUAGGCAAUUUGAACAAAAGGUUUAUGUUCCUAAGAGCCAGAGAUCUUUUGUUAAGAUCACUAGGAGUAAACUUGUUGAGUCUAAGAAUAAAACCUCUGAUAAACAAGUAGGUUUUUAUGAACCUCAGGGUAAUAAGACUCUUUUGAAAAGAAAAACCAUACCAGACAAUGAGCUGUCUGAGCUGGAUUAUAUAGAUUUUUCUUUAAGAAAAAUAAAAACAAACCAUGGAUAG